UCUGGUCGGAGAUAAUGUCAUCAAAUGAAUUGAAGGAGAUGGAUGGGAUGGUAAAAGUAUAUAAAUGAGUGGAUGUUUCGUCUUAGGAUGGAUUCAACAACAAUCAUCACUUGUCUUACAAGCUUCAUUAUAAGCACUUCGCACCCACACCAAAGUCACUUACACGCAUCACUCUUAUAACAAUCUCACAACCUCAACAUGUCUUCCCCUGUCUGGUUCAUCACAGCCGCCUCUUCAGGCUUCGGCCAUGAUAUCGCGCUUCACGCUCUCAACCUCGGGCACACCGUCAUCGCCACCGCACGCAGCACAUCGCGUGUCCAAGAUCUCGCUGACGCAGGUGCACACACGCUCGCAUUCGACGUAACAUCUCCCCUCUCUGACCUCGAAGCCAUCGCCAAAGAGGUCUUCACUAAGCACGGCCGCGUCGACUAUCUCAUUAACGCAGCUGGAUACAUCCUUGACGGUGCAGUGGAAGAGGUUUCGCAGCAAGAGCUCUACGAUAGCUUCAACACCAAUGUAUUUGGUAUUUUCAACACCAUCAAGGCUUUCUUACCGGGAAUGCGAGAGCAAAGUAUCGGCCAGAAUGGAAAACGCGGUACGAUUGCUACCUUUGGAAGCAUCGGUUCUUGGAGAGGCGGCGCAACAUACUCUGUCUACUCCAUGGUGAAAACCUGCAUGUCCUCCCUCGCCGAGUCCCUGCGCUACGAACUCGAGCCCUUCAAAAUCGUCGCCACGGUUGUGGAACCAGGUUACUUCCGCACUAGCUUCCUUAACCCUGGUGUGAGGGCCGUUACGAAGAAGCGAUUGGAUGUUUAUGAAGAUGAGAACACGCCUACGGGUAAGACGAGAAAGAUGUUGGAGAAGACGGAUGAUAAUCAGCCUGGAGAUGUUAAGAAGGGUACCAAGGUUAUCGUUGACAUUCUUACGGGGACGGGGGUUGGAGAGGGGAGGGAGGUUCCGGUUCGGAUUGUGCUGGGGAGUGAUGCGGAUGUUUAUAUUAGGAGUAAGUGUGAGGAGACGUUGGAGCUUUUGAAUGAGUGGAAGGAUGUCACUGUUAGUACUGAUCAUGAGAAGUAAGGAUCAGGGUGAGGAUGAGGUUGGGAAUAUGGGGUCUGAGUGCAAUUUGAUUUAGGUUGACCAAAAGAUCCUCAUUUCCUUUGCAUUACCAAUAAAAGAGAAG